AUAGUCUAUUUGUGUGACACCGCGAAUAACUUGUGUUGAGUAAACUCUGUCCAAAGUUUACUGAUUUUCCCAGAGUAUUUGCACAAAAUAGUGAUCAAGCUAUUAAACUCGAAAAUAAACAUUGACAGUAGUAAAAAAGUGAACAAAAUAAGUUUUUUCACAAACGUGAAUUAACUUUGACAAUAUAUAUAUAUUCGACAUUACAUUGUUACAAAUGUUACGCAACAUCGUCAGAAACAUUGUACCAAGGAAUAAAAGUAUAUUAUUUAAAAGGUAUAAUGUACCACAAGCUGUACUUAAUGUUAGACAUAAGCAGAACAUGACAACCGAAAUUGACGACGAUCUAGAGGGCACCCGUCCUGUAGUAUAUUCUAAGUCAAAAGCUGCUCAUAUGGCAGUUGAUGAAUAUCGUAUUCCACAAAGAGAUAUGCCUAGUUAUCAACCAGCAGCUGUAAUGAUAAGCUUAAUAGUUUUUCUAGUUUAUUUCUGUAUCUUGAGAGAGGAGAAUGAUAUUGAUGAAAUGAUGUAUGUUGAUCUGGGAACUAGUUUAAAGCGAUGUGAAACUGAGCAUAACAAAAAGAUUGCAUCAAAGUAGAGAACUUCUACAGGUGCAACUGUUAGUUUUAAUAAUAGAAUAAUUUCACUUUUACUGUAAAAAAUUUGUUCAUUAUGCUGCAAUGAAUAUUUGUGAAUAAAUGUACAUAAUUAACACUUGUUAAAUACU